CCGGUCGUUGCUUCUCUGUUAGGUUGUGAUGGCUUGUCAACUGGCUGUUGUGUCCCGACCGGGGGGGGCUGUCGGGAUCGCCGGGACAUGGGAGAGCAACAGCGGGCGAUCAUCGGGGACGGGGAGACGCGCAGCUGCGGCUGCUGCUGGGGGCGGGGGGGCGGCACGGGGUGGGGUGUUUCUGGGCGGGAGGGGGAGGCGCGCAGCGCCGCCAGCUGCCGGGUGUUGCGACGCUUGUCAGCGUAGCGGGAUAUCCGGUCGGGAUCUCUACGGCCACGCGGAGGAUCAGCUGCGGCAAACGUGUUGCUCCCGCGGACACCGCUUUCUCAAUUCCAGCUUCGUGUUGACGUCACCCAGCUGCGUUGCGACAACGUCCUCCGGCGGCAGACGAAGAUCUGAAGUGCGCCAAUGGGUGGUAGUGAAAGCGCGCAAGCGGGUCGGGGGAGGCCACUGCAGAGUUGGACGUUCGGAGACGGAGAGAGACGCUGAGCAGACAGGAUUGAUCGGGUUCGCCGUCGGGGCCGACUAUAUACGUCAGCAAACGAAGUGGAGAGUCGAUGUAGCAGGUGCUAAGAGCGGCGCAGAUGGGGGGAGAAGGAGGGGAGGCUUGGAAGGCGGGGCAUAUGGCGGGAGGAGAAGAAGAAGCUUGGAAGGUUGCCCUGGCCGUUGGCAAUCUGUCGUUUUGCGGAGUGCUGAGGACAACAAUCAGGAGGUAUCAUGGCCCUUAACAGUAGAGGAUGGCGAUGGUGUUUCCCUGGCCACGGGUGAAGGGAUCGAGUCCCUGACCUCCUCAACGUCCUCAUCCUUGUCCUCCCCAUCUUCCUCGUCCUUGUCCUUGUCCUCCUCCUCCUCCUCCUCAGGCAGCUUGAUCCAGCCGAUGGCGGCGGGUUCCUGGACAGCUGUUGGUGAUAAUGAUGUCAACGGCUCCUCCUCCUCCUCCUCCUCCUCCCCGUCCUCCUCCUCUUCUCCUUCUUCUUCCUCUUAUUCGUCUGGAUCGCAGGGCUCCAUAGUCGCCGAUUCGCUGACGGGAGAGGUUGAGAAGGAUUCCACAUCCACGUCCAGAGGGAAUGAGGUUGCGGGGAGGGGAAAUAAUGGUAAUGCUUCUCCAUCUGCUGCCGCGGUAAUGGCGGAAGCGGAAGCGGAAGCGGAAGACGAAGAGGGAGAUAGCAGCGAUGAUGAGAAAGAGGAGGUGAUGAAGCCUGUGGAGGUGAUGCGGGAGCUCCUUAGAGCCGCGGUAGAGGAGUUGGAACUACUGAGAGCGCACAGCGGGGCGCUAGAAUCUGAGGCGCAGGCUGUAGCUGAGCGCGCGGUGUCCCUGCGGGAGGAGGCGGAGAAGAUGGAGCUCGAGUCGGAUGCUGCUAAAGCGGCGGCGGAAGAAGCGGCUGCUGCUGAGCUCGAGAGUGGAAACCUGUUCCAGCAAGUUCAAGCGCAAUACGUCGCGGCGGUGGAGAAGGUGAGAGAGGCGGAGGCGGAUCUUGCGCAGGCAAUCAGAGAAGCGCGAGCUUGGGAGGAAGAGGUAAGAGAGAAAGAGGACGACGAGGUCGGAGAUGAUGACGACGAAGCUGUUGCCGCCAUCGCCACAGCGUCGGUCGAAGGCGAUGAAGGUAAUCUGCUGACGACCGACAAGGAGAAGGAAGGUGAGACGGAGGAGAAAAAUGGCCAGUCAGAGACGACACUGGAGGAAGACGGAGCUAAGGGGGGCGAAGAAGGCGGGGAGGGUGAAAGUGUGGCUGUGGCUGCUUCUGUCGUUGGAGAGAAGGGCGGGGAGGUGGCUGAGGAGGCGGAAGAUCCGGGGCGAGUCGAGAAGGGCGCGGACGAGGCUGCUGAAGAUGACGCAGGAGAGGGCGGAAAGAACACCGGGAUGGCGAUGAUCGGGAGGGAGGAGAAGGAGCGGGAUGAGGAGGAGGAGGAGGAGGAGGAGGAGAAGGAAGAGGAAGAGGAAGUGCUGAAGGUCAGCUCCGGUUAUGCGGUGAUGGUGGAGAGGUUGAGGCUAGAGGCUGUAGCGAUUGAGAAGCAGAUGGUCGAAGCGAGGGAGGCUGCGCAGCGAGCCGCGGCGAAGGCGCAGAUGUUGCGCGACGAGGCGGAAUCAGCCGGGGAGAGAGCGCGCGCGGCUUGGGCGGAGGCGACGAGCGCGGAAGAACUGGUAGGAGAGGCAAUGCUGCGCGCGGAGAUGGCAGUAGCGGAGGAAGUGGAGGCUUGCCACAGGGUGAGUGAUGCGGAGAUCGCUCUGCAGAAGGCGGAGAAGUUGGCGGCGCAGGUGGAGAGCGCAGCGGCCACCUUGGCGGCAGCGGAAGCGGAGGAAAAGAAGGCUUUGGAGUUGGCGCAGGCGCAGGUCGGAGGCGGGGGGACCCUUGGGAAGGACGCGCCAGAGGAGGGGCCGCUCACAAUGGUCGAUGUUCGGUUCGCUGACGACGAGGAGGCUAGCGAAGUGGUCGUCUUGGACCGUGAUGAGGAUAAGGGAGGAGAGGAGGGGAGGCAGGAGGGGAGGGAGGACACGUCAGAAGGGGAAGAUGGCCACGGAAUGACACUGAUCUCGGAGGUGAAGGCAAGCGAUAUGCUGGGGAAAACGACAACGAUCGAAGCCGACGAGAUGGGGGGCCCAAGCAAUGAGGAGACGAAGGUGGGCAGCGCAAUUGUCGAAGAGGGCCGUGGUUUGGCGGCGGCGGCGGCGGCAGAGGCGGCGCCGCCCCCAAGUGCUCCCGAUGGAGAAAGUAAGAAGUGGGAGCGCAUCGCCGGAUUGGCGACCGAAGUGAGCGGAAAUGGAGUAUUAGGAGAGGUGGUGGAUGAUCUCGUUGAUCUUGGGUUGGCGGCAAAGAUCGAGUCCUCUCCUUCGUCGCUGAUCUUGGGCAGCGGGGCAGGAGGUAUCGUGGAGGAGAAAGGGGUCCGAAAGAAGGAAAAAGACAAGGACAAAACGAGUGGAAUGUCGCUCGUCCUUUCGUCGCCAUCUCCUCAGACGCCGACAAAGCGCGAGAAGGAGAGUGAUGGUGGCUUGUUAGGUGUGGGCACAGUCUUAACGGGGGGGAAGGAUUCUGCCACCGCCGUGCUCCCUUCUCCUCCUCCUCCUCCUGCUCCUUCUUCUUCUUCUUCAUCUGCUGCGGCUGCGGCUGCUGCUGUGUCUCCUCCGCUCUCUGCCUCAGUCCCGAUCCCGACCAGCGGCACUACGACGACUCUGGUGCCGUACACGUCGCCGAAGCAGAAAUCGGCGGCAACAACAAAAGGCGUCAGCGAGGGAAAGGCAACCUCCGCCGUUGGACUCGGUGAAAAACUGAGGGCUUUUGUAAAGGAACACACAGUGAAGAUUCUGCUUGCUGCGGCUCUCCUGGCAGCUGGCACUCAGAUUGGCAGAAUGGAGAUUCGCCAACGAAUUCCUUCACGAAGCCAAGUCGGAGCGUCGGCCAUUGCCCCCUUGCGGCCUGUGCUUCCUAUUGGACGUUCUGUUGGGCAUUCCAUCGAACGGUAUGCCAGGAAGCUGACAGCGCAAGUGAAUGAAAUUGUUGACAAGAUUUCAAAAGAGGAGCAUACGGAAGAGGAGACGACUCUCUACGACACACUCUGGCUUUUGCUUGUGAGUGUCAUUGCCGUUCCGCUGUUCCAGAAGCUUCCAGGGGGGAGUCCGGUGCUGGGAUAUUUGGCUGGAGGUGCCCUAAUAGGGCCUCAUGCACUCUCCAUCAUAAAGAAUGUGAAUGAGACGAAGGAGCUGGCAGAGUUCGGUGUUGUCUUCCUCCUGUUCACAAUUGGGUUGGAGCUCUCGUUGGAACGGUUGAGGUCGAUGAAGAAGUUUGUCUUUGGGCUUGGGACUGCACAGGUCCUUGUGACAACCUGCUUUGUGAGUUUGUUUGCGAGGUUCGUUGUAGGUAUGCCAGGACCAGCGUCAAUGGUUCUUGGAAGUGGAUUGGCGCUGUCCUCCACAGCUGUGGUGAUACAGGUACUGCAAGAAAGAGGUGAGAGCACAUCGCUAUAUGGAAGAGCUACCUUCUCCGUACUUUUACUGCAGGAUCUAGCCGUGGUCGUGCUGCUCAUCUUGAUUCCUUUGCUGUCUCAGAACAGUUCCGGAGGCGCAGGGCUGGGAAUGGCAGCUAUUGGAAAAGCCCUGGGAGUUGCUGGUAUCAAGGGUGCGAUGGCCAUCUCCGCAAUCAUUGCGGGUGGUCGCCUGUUUCUCAGACCAAUUUACAGAAGAAUGGCUGACAACAAAAACUCCGAGAUAUUUGCUGCUACGACCCUACUUGUCGUCCUGGGAACCAGUGUUCUCACUGCCAGGGCGGGUCUUUCCAUGGCUCUUGGAGCAUUCUUGGCUGGCCUUCUCCUCGCAGAGACGGAGUACGCUCCUCAAGUGGAAUCUGACAUCAACCCUUAUCGCGGCCUGCUUCUCGGUCUCUUCUUUAUGACUGUGGGUAUGUCGAUCGAUCCGCGACUUCUGAUCGGACAGUUUCCGCAGAUAUUGGCAGCAAUCAGCUUGCUCAUUCUUGGGAAGACCGCACUUUUGCUUGGACUAGGCCGUAUAUUUGGCUUAUCACCGCUUGCAGCCGCCAGGGCUGGCUUGGUGCUUGCGCCAGGUGGCGAGUUUGCUUUCGUUGCAUUUGGAGAGGCAGUGACCCAUGGAAUCAUGCCGAAGCCGAUGUCGUCCAUGCUCUUCCUUGUCGUGGGUCUAUCCAUGGCAGUUACACCAUGGCUAGCUGCUGCUGGUCAGUGGCUAGCAUCACGGUUCGAGCAGCAAGACAUGGUCGCCCAGCUUCUUUCAGAACGGCUGAUUCCAUUUGUGGCCCUUGACGUUCGCAGCGAGAGAGUCUCGGCAGGACGGGCCAUGGACCUACCUGUCUACUUUGGAGAUGCUGGCAGCCGUGAGUUGACAUUGCAAUCGUUGCAGCGUGGCAAAUGUGAGGGCAAUGAUGAUGAUGAUGAGGAGGAGGAGGGGGAUGAUGAUGAUGAUGAUGAUGAUGAUGAUGAUGAUGAUGAUGAUGAUGAUAAUUGUGCCCAUUUUAUGAAACUGCCAGCCACAGAGAUAGCAUCGUCCAUCGAUGAAUUCAGAGCCAGCCAUUUAGCAGAGCUCACUGAGGUGGCAGAGGCAAAAGGCACGUGUCUCGGGUACGGUUUUUCAAGGAUUCUGACAAAGAAGACAUCAUCUCAGCAAGCUGGAGAAAAUGACACUGCGGGAACAACGUCCAUCAAAUCAUCUGCAUCUGAUGGUGGAGCUGCGUCCGGGGGGGCGGACCGCAAGGGUGGGAGUGUGGAGAAAUACGUGGAGCUGGUUCCGUGAUGAAUAUGGGGUAGAAGCACUUUGCAGGAAAAUCAUCAUCUGAUUCGGACAGAGACUUCAGGUAUGCUAAGCUCAUCCUUGCACAAACAAGGUGCUAGCAACAGAGGAGGAGGAGGAGGAGGAGGAAGUGCUGGAGGAAGUGAAGGAAGAGGAAGAAGGCGGAGAGAUGACUCUCAAAGAAGAAGAGGAGGAGGGGGGGGGGGGGGGGGGGGGGAAGAGCAGGGAAGGAGAGACUCUUCAGGUUGGCUAAGCUCGUCCUUACGCAAACAAGGUGUUAGCAACAGAGGAGGAGGAAGUGUGGGAGGAAGCGGAGGAGGAGGAAGAACGGGGAGAGGUGGACUCUCAAAAGGAAGAGGACGGGGGGGAGGAGAAAGAGCUGGGGUAGUGGAAGGAGACAGUCCUUUCAUGUUUGGUUAGAUCAUACUGGAGAUUAUGGUGUGAGCACAUUUGUGUCCGGACAAAAUUUCUUCACAGAUUAUGAUGUAUACGGUAUAUUAUGAAUUUAUGACAACACAUGACAUUAUUCCAUACACAGUAUUACACACUGUGUUCUAUUUAAAAAUGCUGGGCUGUACCAUUCCCUCUCCCACACCUUCCCCGGUGGUACACUUUUGUGGUGUUGCGGGUAACCCAUGAAGUAAAACAUGAGAAAGACG